AGAAGAUUGAGCGGAGCCGGAAGGACAGAGGCUGUCAGAAGGACGGAGCCGCGGUGAGCUAGCUGAGUAAAAAGAUGCUGACCACUGUCUCUAACGUGUUGAGGGCCUGCGCUCAGAGAAAUGGAGCUGCAGCCAUUGUGUCAGCACGCACAUAUGCGGACUUCACAACUGAGGCUACCUUUGAGAUAAAGAAAUGCGACAUCCACAAGCUGGAGGAUAGCCCGGCCACUCAGGUGGUAAUGACUCGUGAUGAGGGUCUGCAGUACUACCGCACCAUGCAGACUAUGAGGCGUAUGGAGCUGAAAGCAGAUCAGCUGUAUAAGCAGAAGAUCAUCAGAGGGUUCUGCCACUUGUAUGACGGCCAGGAGGCCUGUGCAGUCGGUAUCGAAGCAGCCAUUAAUUUGACAGACCACCUGAUCACUGCGUACCGUGCCCACGGCUACACUUUCACCAGAGGAGGGACGGUGAAGGAGAUCAUGGCUGAGCUCACCGGCAGAAGAGGAGGAAUUGCAAAGGGCAAAGGGGGCUCCAUGCACAUGUACUGUAAAAACUUCUAUGGAGGAAAUGGAAUUGUUGGAGCUCAGGUUCCCCUGGGUGCUGGUGUGGCUCUGGCCUGCAAGUAUUUCGGCAACAACGAGCUGUGUGUCUCUCUGUAUGGUGACGGUGCUGCCAACCAGGGUCAGAUUUUUGAAACCUACAAUAUGGCAGCUCUCUGGAAGCUGCCUGCCAUCUUCAUCUGUGAGAACAACAGGUACGGCAUGGGCACGUCAGUGGAGCGAGCUGCAGCCAGCACAGACUACUACAAGAGAGGAGACUUCAUUCCUGGUCUCAGGGUGGAUGGGAUGGACGUUCUGUGUGUUCGGGAAGCAACCAGGUUUGCAGCGGAUCACUGCCGGUCUGGGAAGGGUCCCAUUCUCAUGGAGCUUCAGACCUACCGCUACCACGGACACAGUAUGAGUGACCCUGGUAUCAGCUACCGCACACGUGAGGAGAUCCAGGAGGUCCGUGGGAAGAGUGACCCCAUCUCCAUGCUGAAGGACCGCAUGCUCAGCAACAACAUGGCCAGCGUGGAGGAGCUCAAGGAGAUCGACGUGGCGGUGAGGAAGGAAAUCGAAGAUGCAGCUCAGUUUGCCACCACAGAUCCUGAACCCCCGCUGGAAGAUCUGUGCAACCACAUCUUUUACAACAAUCCGCCCCUGGAGGUGCGCGGCACAAACCCGUGGACCAAGCUGAAGUCUGUCAGCUAAAGUGUUUAGUUUUUUUACAUCCCCUCUUUUCAUCACAUCCUCCACCUAAUAAUAAAUAAGCCCCCUGCCCCUAUCUUAUACGCACACAUCAUAUAAUGUACCAUCAACUAUUGCCUCGGAUCCAGAGUUAAAACCGUCAGCAAGUUAUUUAAUUUUAAUCCUGUCCAGUUUAACAGCAGGGACAUAUUCACAAAGAUGUUCUCAGAGUGAAAAGAUUAACAGGAACUCUAAAAAUUGCAACCUAAAAUGCAUUUUUCGUCACAGUUCCCCUAGUCUCAUAUUUAUUGAUAUUUUUGUCCAACUCAACACAUAGAGCAUUCAUUAUUUGUUUAGUAACUAAAUUCAGCAUCCUUUGACAUUAUUGGAUUAUUUAAAGAAAAGACUUUAAGAAUAUUUAAAGUCUGUGUGUAUAUAAAUUGCAAAUCUUGCCCCAAGUAUGUGAGUCAGUUUUAAAUUUAGCUUGCUUAAAGGUCGAUCUCUGGCCCCGUUUGAGGUGUAAUAAAGCAAAUAUCCAUUCAUCACUGUUCAUCUCAUAAAGACCUGUAAAGAAAAAAAAAAGACUUUGUACUCUUUAUACUGAAGUGUACAUGAUAAAUUAUUCAGUUUGAGUUAAUUGGUUGUUUGUUUUAACCCUUUAAAAGCAGGAGGGUAAAAUGUUGCCACUCAACAAAUUCAGUGUCUCCUUCUGUUUUUCUUUCAAUAUAUUGUAUGUAAGAGAGGCUGAAGAAUACCAAGGGAAUGGUUUUAAUUUAUCUUGCCAAACCAAACGUGCCUGGCAGAUGUUGUGUUGUUGUUUAGAGGAUGAAUGUGUCGCCUCGUGUCCGUGCCACACUCCAAGCCGAGCAGCUGCUUCUGUGCGUCCGAAUGGUAGAAGACGUGUUCACCGAGUGUGUUUACAUUCAUUAUUUGUUGCAGGUACUCUGGUGCUCAGGUGCCUUGUUUGAGUUUCAUGGCACAAACAAACUGCUCAUUUUCAUAUAUUUGAAAAGCUCUUUGUUUUCAGGUUCUGAUGAAAAACUUGUGCAAAUAUUUACACUCAAGCUGAACCGUCUAUUGCCUGCAGCAACACUGAAUGUAAACAUGGUAACUCUUUAGUCAGAGUGCAUUCAUCUGCUAAGCUUCACCGUUCACAUUAGGUCUCCAAAUCAAAGAGGUGGGAUUAAGUACUGUUGGUUCAGUAGCUUUGUGUGCUACUUGUAUUUCUUGAUCAGAAACUGUUUUUGUGCUAUUUGAUCGCAGCAGCAGUGCUACACUAUUGGCUCAAAUGUACAGGGGACAUUUUGAAUUUCAGUCUGUUUUUUUUAUCAAGUACUUAAACACUAAAAUAUGUACUGCGUUGACACCUCAGGUAGCAAAAUAAAAACUGUAUAUUAACACUGCGAGCAGAAAGCUGCAAUGUUAAUUCUCAGUCAUUCCUUGAAUGAAUACAUGCUGUAACCCUUUAAAGGGUACCAAAAAGGGAAGGUUAUUUUCUCUGUAAUGUGGGAAGUACUUGGUGAAUUAUGAAGACAGAUUAAAGUUUAAAAUGUUGACUCCUGUCUUAAUACAACUGAAAUAAGCCUACAGUGGGAGUAUUUGUUGAGGUAAACUGUUACAUUGAGGUGAUGCAGGAAAACGCUCCAUUGGUUUUAUGUGCACCGCUGUAAUAAAAAGACUGUAUGAUACUGUA